GUCCUUCUGAAACUAAAAUAAUGUUUGCUGGAGUUCUAAUGUUACCUUGGAUGUUAUCUGCUAUUUUAAUUUCAAGGAAAGAUUGCGUGACUGCAACUCUUGGUACACCUGAGCAAAGAUUACGUCACAACCUAUCACAGGACUACCAUCCUACUGUGCGGCCUGUGCUCACACCCAAUGACAUCAUUAAUAUCACUUUUUCGUUCCGCUUUAGCAGGAUCGUUUCACUGGACAUAAAAAAUCAGGUUCUUACUACAGACGCUUGGAUUGUUCAGGUAUGUUUCCAUAGUCUCUUAAUAGUAAAUUAUUACACCAACACAGGCAUGACAAGUGACGAAAAUACAUACGUCAUGGUUUACAGCGAUGGAACCAAUAAAUGGAUGUCUCCUGCGACAUUUAAAAGCUCCUGUGACAUGAGGGUUACAUUUUACCCGUUUGACACGCAGGAAUGUAAAUUAACGUUUGGUUCAUGGACAUAUGACAGCAGGUUACUGAGAAUGAUCAAUCCAGCUGGAAAAUAUUCACAUUCAGAAAAGUUUAUUGAGAGUGGGGACUGGACUCUGGAGGAUGUGACAAUAGAAACUGUCGAUGAAGAUUUCAACUGCUGCGACUAUCCGUUCUCUAAUAUCAUCUAUUCGUUCCAUUUUCGGCGCAAAACUUUGUAUCAUAUACUGUACCAAAUCCUGCCUUGUGUGGUGAUAAUUCUCCUUGUUAUACUAAACUUUAUCAUCCCUCCCGAUAGUGGCGAGAGAAUCAGCUUUUGUAUCACCAUAUUGCUCUCUAUGAGUGUCUAUCUCCUGAUUUUGGCCGAUUCUUUGCCGGAAACAUCCGAUGAUGUAGCGAUUCUUGGGUUGUAUUACAUGUCGACUAUAUUUCUUAUCGGGUUCAGCCUCGUGGGCACAGUCGUCGUGCUUCGGUGCCACUUCGCCGAGAGAAAACCGUCGGCGUCUUUAGUCAAGUUUGCAAAGUUUGUGCUCAGGCGAAACGAAAGAAAGAGAACAAACAACACAGUGUUUGUAAGGUCAAAAUCACCGUCACAUCCUCAAGAAACAGAAGAGAAUGAAGUAAAAAGGGCGGAAAACACACAAGGCGCUGACGAAUCGGCAUUGCAAUACAUUGUCAAUACUAUGAAGGAAAAGAGAGAACUGGGCGAAUGGAAGGACUCUUGGAGAGAGAUAGCAGAAGCGAUGGAUCGACUGCUUCUAGUUAUUUUUCUCAUCCUGGGUAUCUCAACCACGAUAGCAAUUUGGAUUCGAAAGCCUUGAGUUAAGAACUCCGGUCUUGUAAUAUGGAUGGGACAUUACCAUAUAAAGGACGAGGGCGAAAAUCGCUAAAACGAUCUGAUAGAAAGGCAUCAGAUUGUUAAUUCAGAUAGAAUAAGGGAAUUUCUUUUUCGUAGCUUAGUCCGACGGGCUAUAAAAAGGUCAUCUGUAUGCAAUAAUUCCCUGUCGCGCUUAGAGGGACAGUUCUCAAUCAGUUUGGGCGCGGCGGUGACCGUUUUGUUCAUCUGUUUCUUUGUUUGUUUUUUGCAAAUACCUUUCCAUGUGCGACAAAGUAACUUGUGAAAGAGAAAAUGCUCCUUACCGAUGUUAGUGGACCGUAGGCUUAAACCGUAAAAUUGAAUGUGGGCUUUCAAGUUUAUAUUGCAUGGUAAACUUGGGGCCACAGUUUAGACAGAUGUGAGGUUAUCAAUGUAACCUGUUAUCAUCAGAACCGAAACUUGAAUGGAAGACGCUAA